CCGCCCCGCCGCGGGAUCAAAUACGCCGCCUCCGCCCGUCCACUCCCUCGCCGCCCCCGUCUCCUCUCCUCUCCUCUCCUCUCCCCCGCAUCCACGGCCGCAGGCAGCAGGCAGCCACUCGACGAUCUAGUCGUCUCUCUCCCCGCUCUGCCGCCUCGCUGCCGCGGCUUCCCGUCGGCGGGAGGAUGAAGGUCACGGUCGUGUCCCGGAGCGGCCGGGAGGUCGUCAAGGGCGGCAUCGACCUCAAGGACUCGGCCAAGGUCGCGGACCUGCAGGAGGCCAUCCAUGCCAGGACUAAGAAGUAUUAUCCUUCUAGGCAGCGGCUCACCCUCCCCCUUCAACCUGGAAAAGGCGGGAAGCCAGUUGUCCUCAGUCCGAAGGCCAGCCUGCUAGAAUACUGCGAGAAGGGUUCUGGGUCACUGACAGUGGUCUUCAAAGAUUUAGGGCCACAGGUCUACUACAGCACACUGUUCUUCUUCGAGUACCUGGGUCCUCUCAUCAUCUACCCCAUGUUCUACUAUCUGCCCGUCUACAAGUACUUCGGGCACGAGGGGGAGCGGGCCAUGCACCCUGUCCAGACCUACGCAAUGUACUACUGGUGCUUCCACUACUUCAAGCGGAUCAUGGAGACGUUCUUCGUGCACCGCUUCAGCCACGCGACGUCGCCGCUCUCGAACGUCUUCAGGAACUGUGCCUACUACUGGACCUUCGGCGCUUACAUUGCUUACUACUGCAACCACCCGCUGUACACCCCAGUGAGUGAUCUGCAGAUGAAGAUUGGGUUUGGUUUUGGGGUCGUCUGCCAGGUCGCGAACUUCUACUGCCACAUCCUGCUGCGGAACCUCAGGAGCCCAAGCGGCAGCGGCGGGUACCAGAUCCCCCGCGGUUUCUUGUUCAACAUCGUGACCUGCGCCAAUUACACCACCGAGAUCUACCAGUGGGUCGGCUUCAACAUCGCCACACAGACCGUGGCAGGUUACGUCUUCCUUGUCGUGGCGGCGGGCAUCAUGACCAACUGGGCGCUCGGCAAGCACAGCCGUCUGAAGAAGCUGUUUGACGGCAAGGAUGGGAGGCCCAAGUACCCUCGCCGGUGGGUGAUUCUCCCUCCGUUCCUGUGAAGAGGCGGUGGUGGUGGCUCACUGUUGGUGGUCGGCCCAUUGUGAUUCGAUGUCUACAGACAGUUGUACUGUACUAAUCGUGCCUGUUUAGCGGUUGAACUUGGAUUCCGUUGUCCGAAGUUUCUAAUCCGAAAGAUGGAUUUCAUUUUCUUCUUCUUCUUCUUAGCAUUAUGUCACUGUCUCACGUCGUCCUGUCUCAAUACAGUCUAAGGUUCAUGUGAUGUUAUCCCCAUUUGUCCACGCAGAAGUGAAGUGAAUGCAGUCACUAUUUCGAUUCG